ACUUGAAUGAAUCGAGGAUGAACUUUGGAAUUCAGUAAUGAUCGUGGUGGUUAUUUUCUGAGUUUGUACUUUUUAAAAGGCAAGAGCAGAGAAGGGCUAUCAAGAAACAGUUCACAUCCUACUACUUUAGCCAAUCGCUUAGUCGUCGUGCUCGUAUGCAAUUACUCACUCAGUUUCACUCAAAUCUCGCAUUCACAUCUUGCUCACAAUCCCAAACACUACAACCCCAGGGCUUGAACUUGUUUCUGUGAAUUCGACAUCAUACUUCCAGGCCUCUCACAUCCAAGCUAUUCCCCCUGGUCUCAACUCGACUUCGGCCGAGCUAGACAAAGAAAGCUGUGGACUAUAAGGAGGUCCUCGAGUUCAACACUUACCCCACCUGCCCGCCGGGACCUUCACCACAACAACACCAACUCAACCUCCCCAUCACCAUCAUGGCCACCCCAACCUCCGAACCCCAAGAUGACUCCUCGCUCUCCCAAGAAGGCUGCUACGUCGCCCUGACCAACUCCCCCCUCACCAUCCAAUCCGUAACCGACCGCGUGCGCUCCCCCCAAGCAGGCGCCAUCGUCAUCUUUGCCGGAACAACCCGCGACACCUUCGAGCACAAACCCGUCGCCCAACUCUCCUACACAGCCUACACGCCCCUCGCGCUACAAACCAUGCUCACCAUCGCCACCACCCUGCACUCGGAACACAGCCUCCACGGAAUCGCCAUGGUGCACCGGCUCGGCGCGGUGCCCGUCGGGGAGGAGAGCAUCGUGAUCGCGGUGUCGGCGGCGCACCGGCAGGCGGCGUGGCGUGCGGGGGAGGCGGCGCUGGAGGCGUGCAAGGCGCGGGUGGAGGUGUGGAAGCGGGAGGAGUUUGGGGAUGGGGAGGGGGUGUGGCGGGCGAAUCGGGAUGGGGUGAGGGGGGAGCGGGUUGGGUGAUGGGGUUGUCAUGUCAUGUAGUAGUCGGGUGGGGUUGAGGUUAGGAUGGGUGAUAGGUGUAUAUGAUGUUUGUUUUGGGUCUCGGCUGGUUGGGAUAGUUCAGGGUGGU